AUGGACAAUAAUGCAGAAUUACAUUCAAACAUUUGUCUAUAAAAACUGACCUGUCUUGGGUACCCAAAGUUACUUUAAAUAUGUUGUGCAGUUAUCAGCCUAUAUCUGACUACACUAGGCACAUAAUGAAUAUAUUAGAUGGUUAAAGACUUAUGUUGAAGGUCCCUAACCGGAAGUCGCACGUCGGCUUUACUCUCGUGUCUCGAGCUGCUGUUUGGAUGAUUAAAAUGUCUAACGUCAUUUUUCACAAAUCACCGCGUGCAGCAAAGCCUUGGAUCGCUCUGAGACGACUUGACAAAAACGAUGACAGAGUGGUGGCUCUUCGAGAAGUGUCCAUUCCUCCAGCAGCUGAGGCCACCAUGAUCUUCCAGAUUAUCACCAAUACCUUUGGGCUGAACUCCUCCGAUGUCAUAUUCAAGUUAAGGAACCACCGCGGCUGUCUGAUCCCUCUGAACAGCUCCAUCCCUGCUAACAGCAAGCACAUCCCUUAUGUGCUCGAGGUAGCCAAGAUCUUUCAGCAUGUGCGUCCCAAGACCAGAACUAUUCCCAUGACUGUGAUCAACAAGAGCAUGAAGACCAGGCUCCAGAUUAUUGACAGGAGGAUUCAGAGACUGGAGGAACUUCUGCCGCAGAUCAAACUCAGAUGCAACGAGAAACUGAAUCAGGAGAUUGAAUGUCUCAACCAGAAGUUGAGGUUUCUUCAUAAGAGAAUGCAGGUGGCAGAUUCUCGCAGCUGGAAGGGGGUGCUGACCAGGGCCCCGCUGUGGUAACAAACACCCACAUUUCUGGCUGUUUUAUGAAGCACAAACCAUCGGUUGGACUAUGGUUACACUCACCAUUCACUGCAGAAUGUAUUAUGUCACCAUGUAUUGAUGGAUGAUCUGUAUUUUUACAACUUAUUUGUAUAGUCCUAUAUCAUCUUUCCUCCAAAGUAUUUUCAGUGCCAGGAAAUGUAGUCACUUUAGUAUACACGAGGAACAACAUAUUUGUCACACUUUUGUGCUGUGCGUUAUUAGAAUUACUAUGGAACCUAUGGUUUGACCAAAUGUCUGAAUGUAACCUGUGAUAUAACCGUAUGUUGUAUCAAUUAAAUAAAGGAGAUAGUGUGAUUGUCUUUUUGUUCUUUUCUCAAAUGCUAUUGUAUUGUAAUAUAAAUAUUGAAUCAGUUAUUACUUUAUUAUCUUGGAUCUCUACAGUAUCAGAUGGUACAGCCACUCAUAAAGCUGAAUGUUUGCAUAAUUCUUUGCCAGACUUUACAGGACUAAUUCAAUUUGCAUUUUGAAAAAAAUGUAUUAGAGAAAUGUAACAUAUAUGCUUUUAGUAUGUUUAACGUGAACACAUAUAUGUAUACAAA